AUGGGCCUCAAGGACAUUGUUGACAGGCAGCUCGAGUGGAUCGCAGCUCAAGACUUCAACAAGACGGCCGACGCACAAAUUGAUGGAUUCGACACCACAAUUCGUCUUAUCGGAGGGCUGCUUUCGGCGUACGAUCUCAUCCAAUCCGGACUUGUCCCGUACGCCAACACGUACAACAAGACCCAAGUCAAGGCUUUGCUCAAUGGCGCCAAAACGCUCGCCGACUUCAUUGCACCGCUCUUUGACACAGACACUGGUCUGCCAUACUUCUGGCUUAACACGACGACUCGGACCGGGUUUCCGGGAGCUGGCAAUACCGCUGUCGACGGAACGAUUAUUCUGGAGUAUCAUAGAUUGUCUGAUUUGACGCAUGAUGAAUCUUAUCGACGGGUGGCCGACAAGGCGGAAUCGUACCUGCUGAACCCACAGCCGCCUCCGGUCUACCCUGGUCUCGUUGGAAGCAACGUCGAUAUGAACACUGGGCUUUUCACGAAUGAAAAUGCCGGAUGGCAGAGCGGAGUCGACAGUUUCUUCGAGUACCUCAUCAAGUCUGUCGUCUACGAUCCCACACAGCAGUACGCCAACGACUAUAAGAAUUUUUGGACUACUGCUGUAGAGUCGACAUCGAAAUACUUAGCCGUCCAUCCGUAUGGACACCCAGAAUUGACGUUCAUCACCACAUUGAACAAUACGGGUGCACCAUUGUAUGAGUCGGACGACUACACCUGCUUUGCUGGUGGUAACUUUCUCCUAGGAGGUGCCUACCUCAAUCGUCAGGACUUCAUUGACCUCGGACUUGCCGUUACGGAUAGCUGCCACGCACUCUUCAACUCGACGACUUCUGGUCUCAAUCCACUGAGCUAUGGUUGGUACGGUCCUGACAACACAGCAGCCGAGUCACAGUACAACGGAAACGGCAGCACUGCGGUGGCUGCGCGGGAGUACUUCAACGAGCACGGAUACUUCAUUCGACUCGACGCGUGGGGCGCCUUGUACACGCUUUACCCCGAGCCAAUCGAAAGCAUGAUGUACGCUUGGCGUAUCACAGGAGAUACGACGUGGCAGGAGUACAGCUGGGAGGUGUUCCAAAGCUUGCAGGCUGAUGGCAACCGGCCUCCUGUGGCCAUGUCCAGUUUGACCGAUGUCACCCAGCCACGAGCUGGAGGGCAAUUCAACGAUAUUCCUAGCUACUACUUCGCAGAGACGCUCAAAUACUUCUACCUUACGUUCUCCGACACCAGCCUCGUGAGCCUGGACGACUUUACUUUCAACACUGAAGGUCAUCCGCUUAGGGUGCAGCGUGGAACUUGCUCGACUAGCGGGCGUCAUUGA